AUGGCCAGCAAGGCGGCCUCGUACAUCAAGCUGGCCCAGAGCCUCCCGCCGCGGCUGCAGGUGUUUCUCGCCCGCUACCCGCCGGCCUCGAUCCUGCCCGCGGCUGCGCCGGCGGCCGGCGAGGGCGAGGGCGAGGGCGAGGGCGCCACGGCGGCGCCGCCGCCGCCCCCCAGAACCAUGUACCAGGAGGCGACGCCGAACCCGUUCCUGCCGACCAAGCACCCCGUCACGAGCCAGUGGCACAACCCCGUCUACUCGCUGAGGCGGCAGGCCGAGCUCGUCAAGCUCGCGCGCGAGAGCGGCGUCGAGGAGCUGUUGCCCGCGGGGCCCAAGGGAGGCGACGAGCGCCUGCGCCACCGGGUCGAGCACGGCCUGCGCGUCAAGGGAACCGGUGUCGGGCAAUCGGUCAAGGGUCACAUUCACGAGAGGCACCUCGUGUCAAAAAUGGAGAAGAGGAGAAAGGCUAUGCGCGACAUGCCAAAGCUCAUCUCGGAAUGGAAGAGGGUCGGCAAGAAAAACUGGACCAAGUUCCCGAAAUAA